CUGAAUGAUCUGACUGAAAGAUGCGCAGAAUUUUUGAAAAAUCGUCUCAAUGCAUCAAAUGUACUGUUUGUUCGGGCAAUUUGUUCGGCUCUAAAUUGCAAAUCAGCGUUGAGGGAUACUGAACGAUUUGUAGAGACGUACUUCUCACUGGUUUGCGACAGUGAAGCUUUCUUGGACCUACCCAUUGAUGAUCUCGUUGAAUUACUGUCUAGAGAUACUUUGUACGUUGAAACCGAGGAAUCGGUAUGCAAAGCAGCUUUGCGCUGGGUCGAUCAUGAUGCGGAGCACAGGAAAGGAUUUAUGUGGAGGUCAGAAAUUUUUUAA